UUAUUAUAUUUUCUACUUCUUCCUCUUUGCGUUUGUAACACUGCUCUAACUGAUUUGUCAGGAGUGCGCAGUCCCUGCCCAGGGCUUCAGGGCCUGUAUUUCUGCUUCAUGGGAAGGUAAAGGUUACUUGGUUGUCCCUCAUCUUACUCCCCUUUCUGCUGCAGUGGAACCUUGUUAUCCAUUCUUGAGCAUGUUGGGUUGCCAUCUUUAUAUAAUAGCUAGGGAAUGUCUCUCUAUAGAUUAUGUUCCACUUUCCUAGUAUUUGUUGAAUUAUUGCACAUGGACAUGUAGUACCCCAAAUAGAAGUCAUCAUAUUUUCUAAUACUAGACUAGCCCUAACUCCCAGUCUCAUGAUUAGAAACCUACUCAGUUUCCAUUCUGGUUGUGCUUCAGGUCCUCCUGGUUGCCAGGUGAGUUAGACAGAACAAUGGAGGACCAUGUCAGAGGCCUCUGUUGUCAGUGUCCACUAGAAUUACUGCAGUACUAGCCCUUCGUGUUGUCCUGCCUCAUCUGUUUCUCCAUGGGGUGCAGGUGCUUGUCUCUGUUCCAUUCAGUUCUGCCGUCUGUGCCAAGAUGGCUUUUCCUAAAACAACUUCGGUCUAUUGUUCUCUCUUGCUCAUUCAAGCUUCAGAAACUCCCUAGUGCCUUUGAAAAACCCGGCUUGUUUUCUAGACCUUCCAACUUGUUUUAAUUUCCUUGCUACUGCCUUCCUCCAUAUAGGCAGGACUCUAGCCAAAUGGAAUUAAUGUUGCAAGAAUCUGCCUGUGGUUUUCUGUUUGCCUCCUGAUUUUUGUUUCCCUUUGCCAGAAGUAUGCUUUCCUCACAUCUUAAUGUCUUAGUUCUUUCUUAAAAAAUUUCUCAGAGUUCUCCACACAGUUAUCUAUAUUUUGGAAAUCAUGGUGCUAAUAUACUUCUCUAUGUAUAUUGCUAUGCCCAUGUGACUUUUUAACCCUGAUGACCUUUUAUCUUUGAUUUUGCUAACUAUUAUGUAUCACACAUAUUUGUGUAACCAGUGAGAGAAUGAGUGCAUUUGUGCACACCCCCCGACAGCCUAGACUCUAAUUGUUCUUUUCUUAUUCCCUUUUUGUUUCUAUGAGGACAUCUCUUUUGUUUCUUCCUUGUAUUUGGGUUAACUUUAUUUUUCAAUCACUUCACACAGUCCUAAGUGGCCUGUUACCUUUAUCUUUGUUGCUUUCUCUUCUCUGAGUUAACAACAGUUUUCGUUUAAAGAAAACUUUGGUCAUUUGAUAAGGGUUGUAUGAGGGAAAUUUGAGGAAUAGAAGACAUUGUUCAAAAAUGAUUUCUUGGUCUGUUUUGUGGAGAAGUGGUUGCCUAGCAGGACUUGGUAGUUUGCAAAUAUGGAUUUAACUCCAGGACUGGUGGCCAGCUGGUAGAGAUGAAAAAGUAGAAGUUGUGGUGGAGUGUUCAUUAUCCAGGUGGUGACCAAGGUCCAGCAGCAGAGUCACAUAUUCUUAGGUUUUCAACCAAUGCCUAUUCUAUUGCAGCUCUUAGAUCCCAGAUCUUUUUUAAAGUCAUCGUUAAACCCCCAUUUCCUCCUGUGUGCGCAUUUCACAGCUAAAUAGAGUUGCCUACUUUCUGAUUUCUACUUCAUUGCCCCACUACUGGAAACUUCUUAGAUGAAGUGCUCCAAAGGGUAGUGCAGUGCACCUGCAAGGGUGAAGACCUCGGCUAGAGACGCAGCACAGAUGCUCGUGACAACUGAGCUGCUCAAGGAAGGAAGAACUCUGAGCUGAAUAGUAGUGGGUUCCUGGAUCUGGAAAGAAGAGGCCACCUUGGAACCAGUAAUGAACCAUCCUGACUACAAGCUGAACCUUCGGUCCCCCGGGACCCCCAGAGGUGUGUCCUCUGUGGUUGGCCCGCAUGGUGCUGGUGCUUCGCCAGGUGACAAAAAGUCAAAGAACAAGUCCAUGCGAGGGAAGAAAAAGAACAUAUUUGAACCCUACAUGUCCAAGGAGGAUGUUUCAGAAGGCUUGAAGAGGGGAACACUUAUCCAGGGUGUAUUGAGAAUCAAUCCAAAGAAGUUUCAUGAAGCCUUCAUUCCUUCUCCGGAUGGUGAUCGGGACAUUUUUAUUGACGGAGUUGUUGCUCGUAAUAGAGCCUUAAAUGGGGACCUUGUUGUUGUAAAACUGCUUCCUAAAGACCAGUGGAAGCCAAGGAUAACCUUGUCUCUGCCUGGAGUGCUGGGAUUACAGGCAAUUAAAUCAGAGAGCAAUGACAAAGAAACAGAAGUUACUUAUGAAGCUGAUAUCUCUGAGGAGUGCUGUGGACACCAGCAGCAGUCCCCAAAAGACUGUAAUAGUCCUGAUGUCAUUAUAGAGGCUCAAUUUGAUGACAGCGAUUCAGAAGAUAGACAUGGCAACACUGGUGUGCUGGUUGAUGGAGUUAAGAAAUUGACACUUCGUACUCCUGACAAAGGAAAAGAAGAUUCCAGUGCUCCAGUUACAAAAGAUGAGACCGCCCCCAUGUCACAGGACACAAGAACCUUACCUGAGAAGUCACUGCAGAAAUCAGCAAAGGUGGUUUAUAUCUUGGAGAAAAAGCAUUCCCGCGCAGCAACUGGCAUCCUCAAACUCUUGGCUGAUAAGAACAGUGACCUGUUUAAGAAAUACGCCUUGUUUUCCCCUUCAGACCACCGAGUGCCUAGAAUUUAUGUACCUCUCAAGGACUGUCCCCAGGACUUCAUGACCCGGCCUAGAGAUUAUGCCAGCACACUAUUCAUCUGCCGCAUCAUAGACUGGAAGGAGGACUGUAACUUUGCCCUGGGGCAACUGGCUAAGAGUCUUGGGCAGGCUGGUGAAAUCGAGCCUGAAACAGAAGGGAUCCUGACAGAGUAUGGUGUGGACUUCUCUGAUUUUUCUUCAGAAGUUCUUGAAUGUCUCCCUCAGAGCCUGCCCUGGACAAUUCCACCUGAUGAGUUAUCCAAGAGAAAAGACCUAAGGAAAGACUGUAUAUUCACCAUUGAUCCAUCAACUGCUCGAGACCUCGAUGAUGCCCUCUCCUGCAGGCCUCUCACUGAUGGCACCUUUGAAGUGGGUGUCCACAUCGCCGACGUGAGUCACUUCAUUCCUGAGGGAUCCUCUCUGGAUAAGGUGGCCGCUGAGAGAGCCACAAGUGUCUACUUGGUUCAGAAGGUAGUUCCGAUGCUUCCCAGGCUUCUAUGUGAAGAACUGUGCAGCCUCAACCCCAUGACUGACAAGCUGACCUUCUCUGUGAUCUGGAAGUUGACCCCUGAAGGCAAGAUCCUUGAGGAGUGGUUUGGCCGCACUGUCAUCCGUUCCUGCACCAAACUGAGCUACGACCAUGCCCAGAGCAUGAUUGAAAAUCCGACUGAGAAGAUCCCUGAGGAAGAGCUGCCUCCCAUUUCUCCAGAGCAUAGUCCUGAGGAGGUACACCAGGCAGUCCUGAACCUGCACAGCAUUGCCAAGCAACUUCGCCAGAAGCGCUUUGUGGAUGGUGCACUCCGUUUAGAUCAGUUGAAGCUUGCUUUUACUCUGGACCAUGAGACUGGAAUGCCUCAAGGAUGUCAUAUCUAUGAGUACCGAGACAGCAACAAGCUUGUAGAGGAAUUCAUGCUCCUGGCCAACAUGGCAGUGGCCCACAAGAUCUUCAGCACCUUCCCGGAGCAGGCCCUGCUGCGCCGGCACCCACCACCACAGACAAAGAUGCUCAGUGACCUGGUGGAGUUCUGUGACCAGAUGGGACUGUCCAUGGAUGUCAGCUCUGCAGGGGCCCUCAAUAAAAGCCUGACCAAAACAUUUGGAGACGACAAGUACUCUCUGGCCCGGAAGGAGGUGCUCACCAACAUGUACUCCCGGCCCAUGCAGAUGGCACUGUACUUCUGCUCUGGGAUGCUGCAGGACCAGGCACAGUUCCGGCACUAUGCUCUCAACGUUCCCCUCUACACACACUUCACCUCUCCCAUCCGCCGCUUCGCUGACGUCAUAGUGCACCGCCUCCUGGCUGCUGCUCUGGGCUACAGUGAGCAGCCAGAUGUGGAACCUGAUACUCUACAAAAGCAAGCUGACCACUGCAAUGACCGCCGCAUGGCUUCCAAGCGUGUACAGGAACUCAGUAUCGGCCUCUUCUUUGCUGUUCUAGUAAAGGAGAGUGGUCCCCUAGAGUCUGAAGCCAUGGUGAUGGGUGUCCUGAACCAAGCCUUCGAUGUGCUGGUACUGCGCUUUGGGGUGCAGAAGCGCAUCUACUGCAACGCACUGGCCCUUCGAUCCUACCACUUUCAGAAGGUGGGGAAGAAGCCAGAGCUCACACUCCUCUGGGAACCUGAUGAUCUUGAAGAGGAGCCAAUACAGCAGGUCAUCACCAUCUUCAGCCUGGUGGAUGUGGUCCUGCAGGCAGAGGCCACAGCCCUCAAGUACAGUGCUAUCCUGAAGCGACCGGGCCCUGAGCGUUCCCUGGGCCUGGAGAAGGAGUCUGAUGAGGAGCCUGAGGACUGAAUGCUAGCCCAAGCCAGGCCUGUGCCUGCCCUACCCUGCUGGCUUUUAGGAAUAGGACCUUUUGACACCAAAGGGGAUUUUUAAUUUGGUUUUUUAACAACUCAGGGGUUUGUUUUUAUUUCUUAUUUUUUAAUUUUAUUUUACUUUUGCAACUCAGUUUUUAAAUGAACUGGAAGGGAUACAGUGUGGUUGGGGGUCAGGGGAGGGAAUGCUGAGGCCUGGCCAGUGCUUCCCUGAGCAGAGAGGGUCCCAGUCUUCCUGGGCAGGCAGCCUUGCUUCGACCAGGCCACCCACUGCCCUUCCCUGCCCAGGAAAUGGGGGGUUUCAGCAAAUCAGUGUCAUGGAAUAAAAUCAAGUGUGAAGUGCUU